AUCGCAUCAAGAAGCUUAUUAGCAACCUAAGGUAACAUUUGUUAAUUAAAUAAAAAAAAAUGCCGAUUUCUAGAAUCGCCAUUGGAAAUGCUUCAGAGUUCAGCCAAGCUGAUGCACUUAAGGCUGCACUUGCAGAGUUCAUCUCCAUGCUUAUCUUUGUCUUUGCUGGGGAAGGCUCUGGCAUGGCUUAUAACAAGCUGACGAAUAAUGGCGCAGCAACACCAGCUGGUGUAGUGGCGGCUUCUCUCUCCCAUGCCUUUGCACUUUUCGUGGCGGUUUCCGUGGGUGCUAACAUCUCCGGUGGCCAUGUCAACCCUGCCGUCACAUUUGGCGCCUUUGUCGGUGGCCACAUUACCCUCCUUAGAAGCAUUUUGUACUGGAUUGCUCAGUUGCUUGGUUCCAUUGUUGCUUGCUUGCUCCUUAAAUUCGCCACUGGUGGAUUGGAAACAUCUGCAUUUGCACUUUCAUCUGGGGUUGGAGCAGCAAAUGCAUUAGUUUUUGAGAUAGUGAUGACUUUUGGGUUGGUGUACACAGUUUAUGCAACUGCAGUGGACCCAAAGAAGGGUGACAUAGGAAUAAUUGCACCAAUUGCAAUUGGCUUCAUUGUUGGUGCAAACAUCUUGGCUGGUGGUGCCUUUGAUGGUGCAUCCAUGAACCCAGCAGUGUCAUUUGGGCCUGCUGUUGUUAGCGGGACCUGGGCCAACCAUUGGGUCUAUUGGGUUGGCCCAUUUAUUGGUGCAGGAAUUGCUGCACUUGUCUAUGAGCUUUUCUUCAUCAACCAAAACACUCAUGAGCAGCUUCCAACCACAGAUUAUUGAAAGACCUGAACUCCUGAUGAAGGGUAAAACAGUAAAACCACACACUUGAGUUUAUUUUUUUAAAAGUGUGGUGGAUGGUUUGUUAUUUGUUUGGCUUCCCAUAUAUGGAUGUUUGAUCUCUGUUGUUUUUGUUUGUACCUUGUAAUAUUUCCUUUUUCUCAACAUGUUGAUUCCUGUUUACUA